AUGUCUUUGGCCUCAAGCUGUCAACCUUAUGGUCAAAAUGAGACACUUGUUUCGUCUAUCCGUAAUAUUACAAAGGAUUAUCCCUCCGAAAGUGUUUUUAAGGAAUUUCUCCAAAAUGCCGAUGAUGCAGGAGCUACUAGAUUUCAUGUAAUAAUUGAUGCUCGUCGACAUCCCACUGAGACUUUACUUUCAAAUGAAAUGAAGGCCUGGCAGGGUGAUGACACAAAGAUUGGGAAGCAUGGAUUGGGCUUUAAUUCAUGCUACCAUUUCACCGAUGUUCCAAGUUUUAUCAGUGGAGAUUGUGUUGCGUUUUUGGAUCCACAUCAAAAAUACUUGCCAACAAAAGAACGUG